CUUUGUUAUUUUUAUUGAUAUUUCUUAUUAUUAUUAUUAUUAUGUCGACUGCUACUAUUGGAUUUGCAGAAAGCAUGCCUGAACGUGAUGAUGUUGAAUAUCAUGUAGAAUGGUUAGAUAGUCAACAAGCUUUCCCUUCUCUUUCAUCUACUAGUACUACGGAUCCUCAUCAUCUAGAAGAUUGGCAAUUCUUACAUCGACAAGAAAUUAUUCAAGCUGAACAUGAUAUACAGGAAAAUGGUCAACGAUUGGAAACCUCUGAAAUGGAAGAUAAGUGGCAGCAAGUGGAUUUCUUUCGUGAAAAGCAAUUUGUGGAUGUAGUAGUUGAUGCAACCGAUUUACCAUUAAAAGCACCUCCUAAUAAACCUAGACGACAUCAACAAAAAGUGGAAUUAACUGAAGAACAACAACGAUUAUUGUAUUGGAAUAUGAUUGAUGAUAUGGAACAAGAAGAAACUGAUUAUCUUUACCAACUGUAUUAUGAUCGCAAGAUGCCUAGUCUAAACAAUCCUGUUAAAGGUGGUCACAAACAUACUCGUCGUCAUUUGGAAGCUUUACAACGAGCACAUUUACGAUUGGAACAAGGGGAACUUUGGGACAACAACAAAAUACAAAAAUACUUGGAAUAUAUGGCUAACAUCAAUGCAAUGGAUAAUCUAGGUAACAACUCAUCCGUUCCUUCUACUAAACAUUGGGGUCGACCUCCUGCGAUGGAUCCUCGUUUAUUACAUGGUUUGGUACAUGUUCCUCUUCCCCGUAAGGCGGAUCGUACGUCUUCUUCUUCUUCUGGUGCUGGCUCGUCUCGAUCAAAAUCUUCAAGAUCAUUUAGUAUGGAAUCUGACUUUUGUUUACAAGUCAAAAAUUGAUUUAUCUUUCCUUCUUCCUGUUUCUCCUCUUUUUACUUUGUAGAUAGUAUCC